CAUUUGCAGCCUUCAAAUAUCGUUGUCUCAGGUGUGUGGUGGCUGUUUCUGAGCAGAAAUGUAGCACUUCGAUAUUGUUAGGCCUAAAAGAGCUUUUCUUUCGACGUCCGUGUUCUUGCCGAUAACCGGAAGUGCUUUACAUUUAGAUUUGCUCGCGAGGCACCCCGGUAAGAAUAUGUUAAGAGAUAGAGGAAAUGUUUCUGAUCCAAGCUACCUGAUGAUGGCAGUAAUGCACUGUUAAGUGCGGUUGCCAGUAAAAGAAAAAAGAAGAAGAAGAGUCACCGCUGUCACUAUUAGCGCGCUAGCAUCACAGUGUUCAGCCGCAGUGGUGAGUUUUCGAUUUUGCUAGCGCAAAUAAAGCAGAUUUACCGCAUUUUAGGUGUGCAGCUGAGUUUGGGGUUGGUGAAGAUAUGGGAGACCCUUCCCUAAGCCGGGACUGCCCACUGGAUUGUAAGGUCUAUGUUGGCAAUUUGGGCAACAGUGGUAACAAAACUGAGUUGGAGAGAGCAUUUGGCUAUUAUGGUCCCCUGAGGAGCGUGUGGGUGGCAAGAAAUCCUCCCGGCUUUGCUUUUGUGGAGUUUGAGGACCCCAGAGAUGCAACUGAUGCUGUGAGGGAGCUUGACGGAAGAACACUGUGUGGUUGUCGAGUGAGAGUUGAAAUGUCCAGUGGUGAAAAACGGUCACGGUAUCGAGGACCACCCCCUUCUUGGAAUCGUCGCCCUCGUGAUGAUUAUAGACGCCGCAGCCCACCCACUAGACGGCGGUCUCCUAGGAGGCGGAGCUUUAGUCGUAGUCGGAGCAGGUCACUUUCCAGAGAGAGGAGAAGAGAGAGGUCUUUGUCCCGCGAUAGAAACUAUAAACCUUCAAAGUCUUUCUCAAGAUCACGCAGUCGUUCACGUUCCAAUGGUCGGAAGUGAGAAAUGUUCAAGGCCAGCCUCAUCAGAGAAAGCAUGUCUGUGCGCUUCUCCUCAACAGACCAGGAUGAUUGGAAACAGUGAUGGAUUUUUUUUUGCCCCCAGUGUUUUUAAAAUGUAUCUUCCCCAUAGUGUUCUGACUAUCCUUUUUUACUUAAGAUAUCUGUGCUUAAUGGGUAGCAAUGGUUGCAUCCUGCCUAAAUGCCUGAAUGUAAUUUUAUGCUCUUUGGGCAGUGAAAAGUUCUGAAUGGGAUGUCUGACUUAGAUGGUCAUUUGUGACCAGUUUUGUAUGCUUUUUUUGUUUGUACUUCCAUUAAAAGAAGUUCCUUAUGAAAU